AUGGAGAGAUCAUGGAGACGCUAUGGGCACUGGCUCAAUCUGAUUUCCCCUGCUGCUCGGGGAAUGUCAUCUCCGCACCGAAAGGAAUGCCUUGAUUAUCAGAUGAAUGACUCCAAUUUCUGCAAGAUGAUUCGCAUGAAAAGGACUCUAUGCCGGAAAUACAAGCUGGCGAGGAAUGGCAUCUCGGAAAGUGGAAAGGCAUUCGACAGACUCGAUGAAGCAGCACCCUCACAUUUGAAGACAGAAUGGUUAGCCAGGGAGAGGAUAGCUCAGUCAAGCAGAUUGAAUGAUCCUGCGGCGAUGGAUGAAUAUGAGAUCAAUAUAAAAAAGGCACCAAGCAAAAAGGAGAUCGAGCUUAGAUUAUUAGAGGAGGGUAACGCCCGCAAUGCAGCACCCUCUCGCAGAUCUGUGGCGACGUGGAUAUCAACAGGGUUAGCAAUUGAAGAGGCUCAGAUUGCAUUGCUCAUCGAGACACAGAGAUUAGACAUUGCCCGUCAACGCGAUCGGCUCCAAGGCCAGAUAGAUGGAUUUGCUCGGUCUGCUCUAACACAUCUCGGGGAGGGAUUUGAUGCAGAUGAUGAACCUGAGGACUUGAACGUAGACAUUCUAGAUGAUCUCGAUGAUGACCCGGCGGAUUUCACAGAGACAUCUCAUACAUGGACAAACUCUCCCGAGCUCACUGUAAUCCCGUUGCCAUCAAACCUGGGUGUUGAUAGAUGCAGACGAUGCAUGGCAGAGGAUCUGAUUCCCCUGGAGAUGUCUCUUCGUGAAGGGCAGGCCAAUGAUGCCCUUCACAAUCUCCGCAUUUACCUUUGCAACAAGGCCAUCCUGUUCCGAACAACCGUUCGGCAGGCCAAAUCCCAGGCCCUGAAAACUCGAGCUUGGUCCCAGGUGACGUCGGUGCAGCAGGCAGUCUCCCUCCAUGCCAGCAUAUAUACAAAGACCAGGAAGCAAAUGAUGAAACUUGAGGCGGGGCAAGACCAGCUUCAGAAAUACAAACCCCUGCUUCGCGAGCAACUCAAAAUCAGCACUGCAGUGGGUGACCCAAAUGCCCGAGGUCAACGAAAUGAAUCUUUGGCUUGGUUUUGGUCUGUUGAAGUCGACCUCGGGGGUCCCGAUCAAUCGUGGAAUGAGGAAUGUGAGUUCCUGCUUGCAUGUCAUAUCCCACGGUUACCUGACUGGACCCAUGCCAAGUUUACCGAGUCCAUUGGCUGCGGGCAAAGGCACUACGAGAUCGAUGGAGGGAAGAAAUGAUAUUGGUCAAAUUGGAGAUGGAUUGGACAUGUAAGUUCUUUUUGUGGAAAGCAACCCAAUGGGGCGACCACAUGCAGGAAUCAUUGGAGAAACACCUUCCGGGUCACGGAUGCUAUGCCGGAAGGCAAUCGCGAAUGUAUUCAUUGCUCGCACAGGAUGCGCAGGCAGCUUUUCAAGACCUACAAAACGUGUUGAUAGAGGCUGGAGAUGAAUGAACA